AUGAAGCUAUCGACAUCUGGAUUGGGUCAACAGGGUCAUGAAGGAGAGAAAUGUCUGAAUUCUGAGCUAUGGCAUGCUUGUGCUGGACCAUUAGUCUCUCUUCCUUCAUCUGGAAGCCGUGUUGUCUACUUUCCACAGGGUCACAGUGAACAGGUAGCUGCUACAACUAAUAAGGAAGUUGAUGGUCACAUACCAAAUUACCCAAGCCUACCACCACAAUUGAUUUGCCAGCUCCAUAAUGUUACAAUGCAUGCAGAUGUUGAGACGGAUGAAGUCUAUGCUCAAAUGACACUUCAACCGUUGACACCAGAAGAGCAGAAGGAAACAUUUGUACCGAUUGAGUUGGGGAUUCCGAGCAAGCAACCUAGUAAUUACUUCUGCAAGACUCUCACAGCUAGUGAUACUAGUACUCAUGGAGGCUUCUCUGUUCCUAGACGCGCUGCUGAGAAAGUUUUUCCUCCAUUGGAUUACUCACUGCAGCCACCAGCUCAAGAAUUGCUCGCAAGAGAUCUCCAUGAUGUUGAAUGGAAGUUUAGGCAUAUCUUUCGAGGACAGCCCAAAAGGCAUCUCCUAACUACUGGAUGGAGUGUCUUUGUCAGUGCCAAGCGAUUAGUAGCUGGAGAUUCUGUCAUUUUCAUCAGGAAUGAAAAGAAUCAACUCUUUUUGGGAAUUCGUCGUGCUACUCGGCCACAGACUAUAGUGCCAUCAUCUGUCUUAUCUAGUGAUAGCAUGCAUAUUGGACUCCUUGCUGCUGCUGCUCAUGCUUCUGCCACUAACAGCUGUUUCACCGUUUUCUUCCAUCCAAGGGCUAGUCCAUCUGAGUUUGUGAUACAACUUUCCAAGUACAUUAAAGCCGUUUUCCACACGCGUAUCUCAGUUGGGAUGCGCUUUCGCAUGCUCUUCGAGACAGAAGAGUCAAGCGUCCGCAGGUACAUGGGUACUAUUACUGGUAUCAGUGAUCUUGAUUCUGUUCGUUGGCCAAACUCUCAUUGGCGUUCUGUCAAGGUUGGUUGGGAUGAAUCUACUGCAGGGGAGAGACAGCCACGUGUUUCCUUAUGGGAGAUUGAGCCUCUGACUACCUUUCCUAUGUAUCCAUCUCUGUUCCCUCUCAGGCUAAAACGUCCCUGGCAUGCUGGCACAUCACACGAUGGAAGGGGUGAAUUAGGAAGUGGACUAACAUGGCUAAGAGGAGGAGGAGGAGGAGAGCAGCAAGGUUUGCUUCCUCUAAAUUAUCCUCCAUCUGUUGGUUUGUUUCCAUGGAUGCAACAAAGGAUGGAUCUCACUCAACUCGGGAACGAUAAUAACAAUCAGCAAUACCAAGCCAUGUUAGCAGCCGGAUUACAGAACAUGGGCGGUGGAGAUCCUCUCAGACAACAACAGUUUGUCCAGAUGCAAGAUCCACACCAGCACCAAUAUCUUCAACAAUCAGCUUCUCACAACUCUGAUUUGUUGCUUCAGCAGCAGCAACAGGCGGCGUCACGCCAUCUCCUGCAUGCUCAAACUCAGAUCAUGAGUGAGAGUCUUCCUCAGCAGAACAUGCGGCAAGAAGUUAGUAACCAACAAGCUGUCCAGCAGCAGCAGCAGCAGUUACAAAAACCGGACCAAAACGCUUAUCUGAAUGCUUUCAAGAUGCAAAACGGUGGUCAUCUUCAACAGUGGCAGCAGCAUUCGGAUAUGCCUUCACCGUCUUUCAUGAAGUCGGAUUUCACCGACUCAGGCAACAAAUUUGCAACAACAGUUAGUCCAAUGCAACAAAACUCUGCCUCUCCUGGUUCUGGAGAUGGCAACAAUCUUUUGAACUUCUCUAUAACCGGUCAGUCUGUAGUACUGCCUGAGCAGUUAACCAAUGAAGGAUGGUCUCCAAAAGCAACCAACACGUUCUCUGAACCGUUGUCACUUCCACAAGCCUAUGUAGGGAAGAGUCUUGCCCUAGAAACCGGGAAUCUGAACCUUAACCCUCAGAAUCCUUCUCUUUUCGGCGUUGAUCACGACUCUGGUCUUUUCCUCCCUCGCUUUGCUUCUUCAUCAGGAGACGCUGAAGCUUCCCCUAUGUCACUAACAGAUUCAGGGUUUCAGAACUCCUUGUAUAGCUGCAUGCAAGACACAACUCAUGAGCUAUUGCAUGGAGCUGGACAGAUUAACCCGUCCUCCACCGAAACCAAGAACUUUGUAAAGGUUUAUAAAUCUGGUUCGGUGGGGCGUUCACUAGACAUCUCCCGAUUCAGCAGCUAUCAUGAGCUGCGAGAAGAGUUAGGGAAGAUGUUUGCUAUCGAAGGGUUGUUGGAAGACCCCCUUAGAUCAGGCUGGCAGCUUGUAUUCGUUGACAAGGAAAAUGAUAUUCUUCUCCUUGGAGACGACCCGUGGGAGUCAUUUGUGAAUAAUGUUUGGUACAUAAAGAUACUAUCGCCGGAAGAUGUGCAGCAAAUGGGAGAUCAUGGUGAAGGUAGUGGCGGGUCUUUCCCGCAAAACCCGAACCAUCUCUAG